UAACAGCUGCGGUCCCGUUAUAUGUACUCUCCUUGAAGAUUCUUUAUAUAGAUCAAUAUAUCGGGCCAAACUAUAGAUCCGUAGCUACGUAGCACUUUCCUAUAAUCUCAGCUUCUGUUUUGUGACAUGCGGUCUAGUGCGGCGCCUUCUAUACGAGAUCUCGCGCUGCACGAACGUGGCAGCGGCAUUGGCAGCCCUUCUCCUGCACAACGGUGGAUCGAUAUUUUGCCGACAAUAAUUGAACCUGAUGACAUCGAGGUUGAGCUAUUUGUCCGAGUAGCAAAUGAAGCCGGCACAUUCCCGCUCACAAUAGUGUGAGAUGAUCUUAUAGUACUGUAUCCAUGUUUCGGCAAGCCAACCGUUGGUGGCCCAGGCGCCCAGGUCUCCUUGGUCGUUGGUAUAAAAGAACGUGGUUGACUAUGCUGCCGUUACAUCUACCACCUCCGUAACUUGCCAGCAUUUGCCAUGGUGUCCCGGUCACACGCCUUUGCCUAUGCCGCUGUCGCCUCAUUCGUUCUACUUGCAAAGGCACAGCAAUCCUCUGGCACACCCCCAAGCAGCUGGCCUCAGGUGUACCCGGGAAUGCCGAAUGGCAACUACAGUCCGGAGUGGCAGGAUUAUUUCCAAGUGACUGACAAUCUGCCAAAUGUUACAUGGCCUCUCGCUCGUAACUGGGCAGGCAACAUUCCUGUCCAAAGGGAGGAUCAUCCAAACGAUACCUUGUUCUUCUGGGCAUUCGAGAGCCAGGAAGGCUCUUUCACUUCCACUUCAACUGAUGCACCAUGGGGUAUUUGGCUAAAUGGAGGACCCGGUUCAUCAAGUCUUGUUGGCUUACUGUUUGAGAAUGGCCCGAUCCAUGUGCAAAACAAUUAUUCGUUGUUUGAAAACCAGUAUGCAUGGAACACAAUAGCAGAUUACGUCUGGAUAGACCAGCCAGUCGGCGUUGGUUUCGGAACUGCUGAUUCCACUGGUUAUAUUGUCGAUGAGGAUCAAAUGGCAACGGACUUCUUUGGAUUCUUGGAGAAUCUUGUCAAGGUCUUCCCUGGCCUGGCUAAACGCCCAUUGCAUCUAACGGGCGAAAGCUAUGCUGGCAUGUAUAUACCUUACAUCACGAAAGCUUACUUCGAGAUGGAGAAUCCGCCAGUUACGUUGGCUAAGAUAGCCAUCGGAGAUGGCUCUAUUGCUUCUGGAGAGACAUUUGAACUCCUCCCGGUGGUUAGCGCCCUUGAGACGUACCCCCAGAUAAUCGGGUACGACACUACUGUGUUUCAGUACUUCCGUGAACAAGAAGCGCUUUGCGGCUAUAACCUUACCCUCGAAUAUCCCCAAAACGGACACUUCCCCACACUGACUUACACUUCUGGAGCAGAUCCUAACACAUCUGGUAUGUCUGCAUCGGGGCGAUACAGAGCCCGACAGGGUCAAUUCUCCAAGAAGCUAUUUUUGGCCAAAAUGGAACAGAAGUACAACACACGUCUAGCAAAGCGGAGCACCAGUCUAUCCAAACGCGAGCGCUUGCGCGCACGGGAUGUUUGGAAACGUGAUCUAGCUGGCCGUGCAAACGGCACUAUCGACACGUGGUACGGGUGCGAUGUUUACGAUGAGAUGCUGGAUUAUGCCAUAAACUUCACCUUCCCGUGGUCACUCAGCAAGGAUUCUGGAGGGAUGUUCGACGUGUAUAACAUCCCCGAUGCGCUGAACCCUGAGGCACCCAUGGAUGGGUCAGUUUUCUUGAACGAUCCUCAAACUCGCGCUGCUAUCCAUGCGCCAACGAGCAUGAAUUGGGCAGAGUCUAUCAACUACCCAUUCGGCAACGACUAUUCUAACGGCGAUCCAAGUAUUGAACCUAUGGCAUUCCUCACGGAAUUGGCCACGAACGCGACGGCCCAAAACAUCUCGGUUGUCAUAUUCUCCGGAAAUGACGACUCCCUCAUUCCGCACCUUGGUUCACAAAUUACUAUCCAAAAUACAACUUUUGGUGGGAUUCAAGGCUUCACGCGCAAACCGUCGACACCGUGGUAUAACGACGAUGGCCAAUUUGCUGGUAUCGUACAUCAGGAACGCAACUGGACUUACGUCCUUGUCGAACAUGCAGGCCACCUCGUGGGAUAUACAAACCCCCAAUCAGGUUUCGUCUUCGUCAGGGAGUUCGUCUUCGGAAGUAACCAGACUGGGCUGGUUGCCAACAAUUCUUCGGGAGCUGUGACUGUCAUGGGUGGCGAGGUCUCUUCUCUGGCAAAUGAGAUUAUGACGGGACAGGCUGCCAUCUACUAUGGCUCCGCGACUACAGAGUCCACAUACUACUUCCCCACUGCCACUGUGGAAGCAUGGAAUGCAUAUAUUGCAACCGCUACUACUCAGCCCGUGAUAGUUUCGCCGAGACAAAUAGGAAGCUCUGCAUCGUGGCCAGUGGCGCAGAUAUGUAGAACAAUAGCACUCGGGAGCGUCAUCAUGGUGUUUACGCUAUUUGCAUUAUAAAGGAUCAAUUAACGUUAUUGAAUGGACUAGGAACCUGAUUUCGUGUACUUGCGUAGCUCUUACAAGGUAUAUUUUCGACCACCAACACUGUGGCACAGCGCAUAGUUGGCAACUCAGCAGCCUUAGUCUCCCGUAAAACAGCAGCUAGAUGAUCUCGGAGCAAAUCUUCGAAUUGGGUUCCUCAAGUGAUUUCGGAUCGUUCUCAAACACCCAAUUUCGCAUUCUUCAUUCUCGUCAAAAAUAAUUACGAUUCCAUUUACUUCAUAAUUUCAGAGGGCCACAGUAUACACACCACACUGAAUCU